AUGGCUGAUCCUCGUCCGUAUCAUAUUCUCAGUUAUGGUACCCUUCUGGGCGUGCAAGUGUUCCAGACUUUUGUCUCCGGCAUAGUUGCUUUCCGGGUUCUCCCUCGGCCCCAGUUCUCCGCGUUGCAAACUGCGACAUUCCCAGUCUACUUUUCUCUGCAGUCUGCUCUGCCCGUAGUUGUCGCUUUGACUUCUAGUACAGGUGGACAGCUCAAUGGUAUCUCCGGACUCCUUGCCCCGGAGAACCGGUUUGGAACGUUUCUACCAUUGGCGACGGCUGCGGCAGCUGGCCUGAUUAAUCAGUUUAUUCUGCGCCCGCUGACUGUUAACGUGAUGAAGGAACGGAAGCAUCAAGAAACUCGCGAUGGAAAGAAGAGCUAUGAUCCAGCCCCUCACUCCAAAGAGAUGUUGGCUCUGAACAAGAAGUUUGGUCGACUUCAUGGUCUGUCGAGUCUGGUCAAUAUGGUCACCCUUGCUGCUACAGUUUGCUAUGGCAUAGUCCUCAGCAAGCGCUUAUCCUAA